CCCCUGUCACCAUCAUUUUCAACAAACCCGCAAUGAUAGAAAUAUUUCCAGAUCGGCACCCUUUCUUAAAGAAAUUUCCUUACUAACCAACCCAUCCCCCUUCACUGUCACGAUAUUAUCGUGCACUUCUCUUCCUUUCCCCUUUUUCGAGCUUGUCCUGUGCUCUACUCCCUUGCAAGUUCGUUCCAUUUACUUUAUUUAUAUAAUCGUGACGUUCGUUCUCAAUUCCUUUGUGGUAUAUCUCACUACCACACAUCGUCGUACACUUUCGCCACUACUCCACUCCACAAUUUCACCUACCUCGAUAAACCCCUGGACGAACAACGCCAAAAAGGGACAGGACAAUUCGACGACACGACGCGUAAGAAAAAAAAAGAUUCGUCUCCAAGUCCCGACCCCUCCCCCGCCAAAUUCCCCAGAAUAACCGACUUAUCGGUAACAAAUUGGUUCUGGCUUUUUCGGUAUAAUUGGACUCGACCUGUCCAACUUCACAUCCGCACGAAAUUCUCCUUCCCUAGCACUUGCACAGCUAUACUUUAGAUAGCCAUGUCUCUUGACGUUGAGCACCAGCUAGCUGACUCGUCUGCCGGCUAUGCGUCGGAAGAGGAGACUCGUGCUCCUUCUAUCGCACCGUCCCUAACUUAUUCGGACGAUUCUGAAGAUCAGGAUGAACCUCAACCACCUGAGGUGGUUCCCCGGAGACGGCGCGCGUCUACGAGACUAAUCGCGCAGAAUCCGGCAGAUGUACAACGAAUUACAGGCGAAUCCACCCAGCAAUUGCUCAAUCGAUGCUGCGGUGGUGGUUGCUGCAUGAACUCGCAGCUGAAGAAAGAAGGACUCGAGUACGAACGUGUCCCGUUCCCGGACAAUCACGCCUUCCGUUCGCUCGGAUUGAAGAUUGAUGAGCUUCCUACUGUCCUUUCCCAAGUUCCGGAUAUGCCCGAGCAGACCACCUUCCUUCAAUCCAUUCGACGCGCCUCAUCAAACAUUCCGUCACCUACUGACUCAGCAAUCUCCUUCGGAAGCCAGGUCAGCUCGCCGUCCAUUGAGACCAGCCUUAAGAACCUCACACUCGAACCUCUUGAUACCACCAUACAACCACCAUCAUUCGUCCAACCGCACCAUCCUCACCAUGUCUUCCCGGCCCCGAUUCACAAUACCCGCGAGUUGACAAAGGAAGGUGCCGAGAAGCGCACAUUCCACUUUGACAUCGACAUCACCGACUACCCCCACGAAGAAGGCAUAGACUUCAAGGUUGGUGGCGCAAUUGGUCUUUAUGCGCCAAACGACACCACUGCUGUAGAGCAAAUCCUCGACUUGCUUCUAGUUCCGCGAUUCUUGCGCGGCAAGCCUGUCCUGUUGCGCACCACGCGUGGCCGUUGGCCUACUGUUUGGGGUGAAGAUAAGGCUCGGGAGUUGGUUACUACUCGACGGGAUCUGCUUACUUGGUGCUCCGACAUCCAAUCAUACCCUCCUACCAAGGCCCUCCUGCGAAUCCUGGCCGAGCAUGCCAUUGAUCCGAAUGAGAAGAAGAUCCUCCUGUUCCUUUGUUCUAGCGAGGGACAAGGCGCAUUCUGCGACCUACGUACCGGACCUCAUGUCUCUCUUGCUCAGAUCCUCAACGCGUUUCCAUCCGCCAAACCUCCUUUAGACUUGGUACUCUCAGUACUCCAGCAAUUGAUGCCGCGAUUCUACUCCCUAUCUAACGACCCCCAUGAGUCUUACGAGAUUCGCGACGGAAAGCAACACCGCCUUAUCGAAAUAGCUGUCACCGUUCAAGAGAUGGAUGACUGGCGGGCGGGCACCCGAACGGGUGUGGGUUCCGGUUUCCUUCAACGCCAAUCUCUUAAGUAUAAGAGUCUCCAACGUGCUGGAGAUAACUCUCCUCGGCUCUAUGCGCCCAUUUUCAAGGGGCUCAUGGCUAAUCCGCUAGCUAAGGAAUUCGUGUCUGAUGGCCCGAUGCUCCUUAUUGGGGCCGGCGUCGGCAUUGCGCCGUUCCGUGGCUUCGUUCAGCACCGCCUGAAGAACGCUAACUGUGCCAACAAGGUAUGGGUUCUUCAGGGUAUCCGAGACUCGCUCGUUGACGAGUUAUACGGUGGAGAGUGGGGUGUGCACGAAGAUAGAGUUAAGAAGGUUGUUCAGAGCCGACGUGGCGAGAGUCGUUACGUCCAAGAUGAGGUUGUUCAUCAGGCAGACCUCGUGUGGACUAUCAUUAACUCCGUCGACGGACGCGUGUUCGUGUGCGGCAGCUCCAAGGGCAUGGGAGAAGGUGUUGAGGAGGCGCUCAUCAAGGUGGCCAUGCAGAAGGGCAACUUGGAGCAUGAUGAAGCUGGAAAAUUCUGGAACCUGAAGAAAGACGUCGGACAGUAUAUCACUGAGACGUGGUAAUCUCACCCGCCUUCCCAGUAGGCUAAGCCAAGAACAUUGCACCGACAUGGACUUUUACGAUGGUUGGACGGUUUUCUUAGGGCCAGGGAGCUAUAAAAUCCUAUUUUCUUAAUUGUUAUAUGUGGCGUUUCGAAAAUCAACUAGAGGUCUGGCGUUCGUUCGAGCUGGGCAAGGCUGAACUGGUCGGGUUUAUUUUCAAAGGGCGGCAUCGUUUCUGUUCAUGGCUUCGAGGGAGUUUGCAUAUGAGGACGCUGGGAAAACCCAAAAGGUAGAAUAGGUCAAGGAUGGCGACGCAACGCUCCCUUUCUCUCCAUGGCGAAUAGGAGACUGUAUAUGUACGAACUACAUAAUUCAAUUAUGGCACAACAUGAAGCAAUAUCACUUG